UCUUUUAUUUACGUCGCUCGGAAUCAAACCGGUGAAUUUAUUUUCACGCUUCCAGGCGGAAAGUGACGCGUUUGCGCUGCUCGCGUGUGAAAUAAACGUUUCCACCAUUUUGUGCCAACUUGGCUCGACCCCGCCGGCACAAAGCGUCGAACCUUCGAAAUAAGAGCACACGGUUUUCCGCGCUUUUCACCACCGCGGACACGGUUAGCUUCCGCCGCACCGACCGGCUGCUCCCGGUAGACUCCGCGGGGCUGUGCCUGCUCCCCAUGCGGCCCCAGGGCUCCACGUAGUGCCCGGGAACCUGCCGGGAGCCCCCCGCCUCCAGCAGCCGCCCCCGGGACCCGGGCGAGCCGCCGCUGUUAGCAUUAGCCGCUCGGCGGGGCCUGUUCAGGAAGCGGGCGGGAGCUCUUAUUUUCCAAAACCGCCGCUCGUGUGAAUCCUCGUCGGGGCCGUGUGAAACACAUGAGCAGGAAGCUGUGGCACACAUUCUCAGGAUCACUUACUCUACUGAGACAGCAGCAGCGAUGACUCAUGUCACCAAUCAUGGGAAGAUGCUCUUGCAGCGUCUACAUCAGCAGCGGGAGAUGGACUUUUUGUGCGACAUAACCAUAAUGGUGAGAGAUGUGGAGUUCAGAGCCCACCGCAACAUCCUGGCUGCGUUCAGCAAGUACUUCUCCUCCCAGGCUGCGAAAGGUCAAGAUGUCACGACCUUGGACCCUGACAAGGUCAGCCGCUACGCUCUGGAGAAGCUGUUGGAGUAUAUCUACACUGGACAGAUGAACCUCAGCAGCACCAGACAAGCAGCUGUACGACAAGCUGCUGUGUUCCUGGGAAUGCCCGAGGCCACAAAGUAUCUGGAGGAAACCCCCCACUGGUCCGAGCUGGGCGAAACGUCCCAAUCAGAGGCAGAUAAAGAAACUGGUCUCUCUCCUCCCAGUCCAGGCUCUCCUGGAAGCCCCAGCUCCCCAGUUCCCCUGUCAAUCGUCUCCGCUACAGGGGGGUGGAAUGAGGCGGGGAAGAAUGGCAAAGAGCCGGACGAAGAGGCAAAAGAUUUGGACGAGGAAGAGAGAAACAAAAGUGAUGAAGAGUACACUCCCACGACGCCCAAGGCCGCGGGACGUGGACAGGGCCGGAAAAGAGGACGCCCUAAGCGUUUAAGUGGGGAGCAGACGGAGGCAAGCAGCUCGGCUGAUGGCACCCCCAAAACCCAGAGCUACAGAGGGAGAGGCAGGGGGAGGGGGAGAGGAAGGGGCAGGGGACGCGGCAGGGGGAGAGGAAGAGGAGUUUCUUUAAGAGAAGAUCCGUUUUUAGAAGAUUCUGACACGAGUGUGAAGGACUUUGGAGACACCUCUGCGGACUGGAGCCCCUCGCAGGAGGAAGAGUCUCCGGCCAAGAAGCCUCGACUGAGCAGCGGCGAGGGACGGAGAGGACGAGGCCGCGGGAGGGGGAGGGGCAGAGGGAGGGGCAGAGGCCGCGGCAGGAGGAGGGCUGAGGAGGAGGAGGAGGGGGAGGAAGAGGAGGAGGAGGAUGAAGAGGAUGAAGAAGAGGAGAGUGGCUCGCUGGGAGCUGAUGAUGACAUUGAUGAUUUUGGUGAUGAGGAGGGUGAGAUCGGGGAACAGGAUCCGUCAGAAACGGACGAGAUGAUGCUGUCGUGCACCGAGUGCAACAAACUGUUUAAAGACGCGAGCAGCCUGCACCGACACGAGAAGAUCCACAAGGGCCUGAAGCCGUUCGUCUGCAUCUUCUGCUCGAAAAAGUUCAGACAAGCCACACAGCUGAAAACCCACCUGCGCAUACACACAGGAGAGAAGCCGUUCAGUUGCUCCGACUGCGACAAGUGCUUUGCUCAGAAGUGCCAGCUGGUGGCACAUCGUCGGAUGCACCACGGAGAGGAGAAGCCUUUCACCUGCGAGCGCUGCGGUUUCAAGUUUGCUACCUCGUCCAACUACAAAAUACACAUCAGACUGCACAGCGGGGAGAAACCAUACGUGUGCGACAUCUGUGGCCAGGCCUUCGCUCAGUCCAGCACCCUGACGUAUCACAAACGACGACACACCGGCGAGAAACCGUACCAGUGUGAUCGCUGUGGCAUGUCGUUCUCCGUUUCCUCUUCUCUCAUCUCACACGCUAGAAAACACACAGGUGAGACUCCGUACAAGUGUCCGACGCCAAAGUGUGACGCGCGUUUUGCGACGUCUUCUGACUUAAAGAAACAUAUUCGACGACAUCACCCAGAGGGGAGCAGCGGCGUGCAGUGUCUUCUGUGUGGAAACCGAUUUGCCAGUGUGAAGAACAUGAUCAAACACCAGGAGAAGGCUCACGCUGACGAAGUGCGGCAACACAAGGAGAGAGCCAGAGCUGUCGUCCUCCUGGCCUCCAGUCAUCCUAUGGCCUUCGUCCAGAACAAACUUUCCCAGGAAAACAAAGGUUUGGUGUCCAUAUCCGAAGGAGAGCCGCCCAACCCUGAGCCAGCCACCCCCAGCCCCAAAGCCCCGUCUUCAUCCACAGAGGUCACCACCAACACUGAGUCGGUCGACGUCGCAGCCGCCAUCAUCCAGAGCUUAAAGUCGGAGCCCGCUGACCCCCCUGUGGCCGCCGCUGACCAGGUGACCUUCGAUGCUGACCAGGAGCAGACCAUCAACUCGGACACCCUCCACGCUCUGGUGGAGCAGCUGCGGCCACCACCCUCCCCUGCCCAGAGUCUGGAGCAGAUCGUCAUCAUCAGGACGGUGGACACCGAAAACAACCCUCCCCAGCAGUGAGGCCGAGUCGGAGCUCACUGUGGUGGAACGUUUCUCUUUUUAACACGCAAGCCACAAUCGUCAGCGUCGCAGUCCAGGCUCGAGUUCAGUGUUGUAUCCCCUAAAACAGGCUUUCACGGGCAUUGGGUCACAUGGUAGUGAAGGAGAAAAGUGGGGUUUUACAACUCGGGUCUUAUUUUUAUAGUUUUGUUCAUCGUCUCGUCUCUGUCAGGAAACAAACUAAUUUACCUUGAAAGAAAACUGGGAUUGCGGAACAUGGUAGAAAACGAGCAGUCAGACGAUCAGGAGGUAAAAAUUCAAUCUGUUAUAAACAAACUUCGUAGAAAUCCUGGUUUACGUUCAACUUUCUGUGCUGAGCUGCAGGUGUGUGCGGAGGCUCCUUGUUCAGGGACGGAUUAAAGCCGAUUUAUAAUAAAGUGGUUUAAUUAAUCUGGAUAAACCGUCGUCUGAUCGUCUGACGGCUUCUAUUCAAACGGCAACUUCACAUCUCAGUUUUAUUUAUAUGUAUUACUUUUAAAAACGUUGGCAUAAGCUACGCAUGUAAGACCUGAGCUGUGAAGAAGAGGAAAGCUGUUCUCUUGAGUCUGUCACUAACUCAAACAACAUCUCCACGAGGAGGAAAAGUCACAUUGUCAAUUAAAACAGGAAAUCCAAAAGAAAGCGACCGGAACUCCACGUUUAGAUCCUGGUGCUGCCGGUGUUUUCACAGAUUGGAACAUCUCAAGUAAUCUGCAGGUUAUUUUCUUUCCAUUAAAUCCCAGUUUCUCUUAGAACGUAGGUGACCUCCUCAAAUCUCCCCCUAAACAAUUAAUCGAUUGUCCUAUUUUGUUCAUAAUCAUUUCAACUUGGUUAUGUUUCCAGACGUACAUGACUCGGACAUUUGUUUUCUCACAUACAGCCCCUCUAGAUAAUUUCAGGAGAUUAUCCAGAGUCUUCUGGUCAUCUCCUCUAUUUCGCUCGUUUUAUUUAAAGAGGUUUACAGAUUUUAGAAAUGUGUGAAAGAUCACCCAGAGUUCAGGGGUCGGGAUCAUUUCAGAAUCUAAUCUGUGCAUCUCUCACAGUGGUUGAGAAGAAGAGUUUAAGGUUCCUGAGUUUAAUCAAUACAAUCUGCUAAGAGGCGGAAAUGUUCUUCAAACUCUAAAGCCCUCCUCGUUAGAGCCGUGUCGUGUGACAUCGGAGUGACGUCCCUGCAAGGAUCCAAUAUCUGCUCGACGGUUUCCUCCAACUUCACUGAAAUGUCACGACUUUAAGAGAAACGUCUUCCUGGACAGAUGUGUGGCUGGAGUUACUUUCAUUUUACAGCUCAGUUCCAGAUGAGCUACUAACAGAAAAUAUUAAUCAGAUCUAAAUGUUGAUGUGUAAUGGAACAGACAAAACAAGUUUGACAUUGUUUUCAUAGAUAUGUCUGUAGUUAGCAGGAGCCUAGUAAUUCCUUUACUGACCACACGUCACCUGAGUGUCUGACAUGUGAACACUGCUCUGUUAAUGCAAACCAGCGUUUUUGCUUCAGUGUCCUUUACUUAAGUUAGUGUUUGCUUUUUAAAGCAACUGUUUCAGGUUUUAGCAGAAAUGUUUGUGCUUCAAGUUUAACAAAUGCGUCACAGUUUUUCUGUCAACUUGAACUUAGCUGUUUGCUUGUUUAAUGGUUUUAUUUCAUUUUAUUUUUGGAUCAAACGUCUGCAUCACUUGUACAGAAAAUCACACCUUCACUACUGUAUUAAAGCUGUACAACAAGACAGGAAAAUAAAAUGAAACACAAAGUGUUUUGUCUCAGUGGAUGUGACAAAAAAUGA